AUGCCUCCAUUAGGUCAAAUACUAAACCAAAUAAACCAGUCCUGUCAAUCAAUCGAGGAGAAUGAAUUCAGCAAGCCAGGAAUGUUUGCCAAUGCAAUGGUGAAUCCACCAGACAUCACCAGAUUAGUAUUAGAUCCGCAUCCAGAUGAAGCAUCACUUUAUAAAGCAUCCAAACCUAUCAACACUCUGCAUUCUCGAAAGCGUCUUGGAUAUGUGAAUGACACGACAAUGGAAGUAGUACCCGAAAGGAUAGAUGGUAGAUCAGUAUAUUCGAGUAUGAGUCUCUCGGACCUACGUCAUGAUUAUGGCGAAGAAGAUGACGAUGAAAGCAUCGAAGAUACAAUUGUGAAAGGUCCAAGGUUUAAUGAAAAGAGACGACAUUUAUCAAAGCAACCAUAUUUCAAAAUUGAUAAAGAUACAGAUAAUGUUGAAGAGCUUAUUGGUCGUGUAAAUAGGGCUAUUAUGGCCAGGCCAAGUUUACUUGAAAAGUAUCCGCAAUAUGUGAGUAGAUUACGAUAUCAUCAGAGACAAUAUGAAGUAGAUAGUGAGGCAAUUAGUCAACUAGAGAGCGAGAUUGUCGAUCUCGAAGAUGCGUUGAGGGCAUUGGAGAAUGAGGUUCCACAAGGUGCAUUCGAUGAAGGAGAGGUUGCUCUUGAUCAUCUUAUACGGAAAGAACAAGAAGAGAUAGCAGAAUUAGAGAGUAGAUUGAAUGAAGAGGAUAUAUAG